GAUCGCGGGGUAUCCAACACCUAUUGCCACCUAUCCAUCCCACUCACUUAUGACACGCGCAUCCUUCUUGACUUCUUCCACGAACCCAGAGCGUGCCUCGUCGGUUAACAGCAGUCAUCAUGCCUAGAGACGACCUCUCCAUCGACUUUGUCAGGAAGAUGCCCCCUGCCGCAGAGCUCGACCCGGCAUUGAUCCUCGACGAAUGGAUACACAACACGCAGAACCUCCCCGAGGAGAUUCGCUUCAUGCAAGACGAGAUUGCCGAGAAGGACCGCCAAUAUGACAAGCUGGUUAAGGAAAUUGAAAAGAACGACGAGCGCAUCCAGAAAUUCAUCAAGGCCAACGGCAGCUUCCAGCCGAACCCCAAGGAAGAAGAAUACAGAGCCACCAUCCUCAAGAACUUUGACCUAGCCGAGCAGCUGUCCAAGGAGAAGCUCGAACUUACACGGAAGCUACAACAUACCUUUGACAAGCACGUCCGGGCCCUCGACAAGCAGAUCAAGUCUCUCUACGACCGCGGCGAGCCCGGCUUCACCGAUCCCGACGAACUACCUUCCCUCGUCCGCGACAGCGCCGCCAACAUUACCAGCACCCCGACCCUUCUCCGGCCCGUCAACGGGAACCACCCCAUAUCCUCGGCGCUGAACGGCCUCGCUAACGGCACAGGCUCCAACGCCGCCCGAUCGAACCAGAUUCGCAACGUCCAAGCCUCGCACCACCACUCGGCCUCAGCACCCGCCACGCCCGCCGCGACCAUAAUACUGAACCAGCGCGCCCGCGAAAGCUCUGCCGGACCCGGAGGCGCCGUGCGCAAGGGCGCCGUCCGCAGCAACAGUGGUCUGAGCCUCCAGACGAGUGGCAUAGGCCGACACUCUUCGCUCGGUCCAGGCACGCCCAAAUCCUCCACAGCCUCUGGCGGCGUCCAACGCGCCGGCAGCGCUGGCCCCCGCAGCAUAGGCAAAGGAUCUACAAGCAGCACCAGUCGCAAGUCCGUACCCUCCGGUAGUUCGGCCGCCUCCCGUAAGAAGGGCAGCAGCGUGCCAACCGCCGGCAGCGGUAACGGCUCAGCAGGUGGUGUUUCCGCCAGCGGCGUCUCUGGCCCCGGCGCGGGAGGUGGCUCCUCCCACAAAUCCAAUCUUUCCCGCGUGCUCAAGCGCGCCGGCACCGGUACCACCGGCAGCGGAGCGAAGAACAGUCCCAACACGACCUCCCGCGCAAACUCUACGGGAGACAGCGACCUCUCAGACGCAGACUCCAACCUUUCUGGCUCCGAAUCCGACCACCGUCGUAUCGGCACAGGCCGCAACACCCCCAUUGGCGGUGGCUCCCACUCCCGCUCCGCCUCCCACCACCACACCAACUCUUCCUUCUCGCACAAAGGAGGAACAGACGACCUCAACCACCCUCACCACCCAAGCCACGGCCACCGCCCAUCCUCCUCCCUCGCCUCCAACGGCGGCGGCGGCGGUGGCACCGGUGGAGGCAGCGGUGGUCCCUUCCAAUCCCGUCACCCCGGCGGCAGCGGCGGUCCCUUACCUACCUCCUCCCACCCCCAAAGUAUCUCCAGCCACAACCGCUCCCGCUCCUCAACAACGCACCACCAACUCCAAGAAAUGCACCGCUCCCCCUCCCUCUCCUCAAACCGCCGCCGGAACAACCCCGGUCUCACAGACGACGACGACGACGAGGACGUGGACGACGACGAUAUGGAUCUCAAUGUCGAUCAAGAAGAUGCUAUGGACCUGGACGACGAAGAAGCCGGGGACGACCGCAAGUACUGCCUCUGUCAAAACGUUAGUUUUGGCGAUAUGGUGGCGUGCGACAAUGACGAAUGUCCGUAUGAGUGGUUCCACUGGAGCUGUGUAGGGCUAAAGUCGGAGCCCAACGGGACUUGGUAUUGUCCUGUUUGUGCCAAGAAUAUGGAGAGGGACAAUAACAGCAACAGCAACAGCAACAGCAACAACAACAUGAACAACAAUAACAGCAAUAACAGCAAUAACAGCAGUAGUAAUAGGGGAGGGCAGUGAAGUGAGUGCAAAGAUAAAGAAAGGGUAGAUUGUUGGGUGUGGUAUGAGUAUGAAGUUAUUAUCUGCAUAGGAUGGGAAAGGAAUAAAUCAUCACAUUUGCACAUUCAGGAAAAAGGAAUCAAAACAGUCAAAUCGACAAAGCGCUGAGCCUUCCUCUCCUCUCUCAAAUUGAUGGUUAUCUAUCAAGUCACCAGUAUACUACCAGUUCUACUUCCCAUAAAGCAAUGACGUAUGUGUGUGCACUAAUGGCAUUGUGUAUUUGUACCUAUCGCCAAAAUCACUACUAGCCUCCUUUCCCAUCAUGCCAUCACCCAUCUCCAUCAUGCUUCUUCUUCUUCUUCUUCC